GGUUCAAGUCAAAAUAGCCUUUCCCGUCCGGUCUUGUGCAUUGCGUAUGCCUGGCCCCCUUUGUGCUGCCGUCAUCCUUUGUCGACGCCCAAGAAGCCAACGGGCACUUCUCGUCAUCAGAUUCCGGUUGCUCUUCUCUUUUUUUCUUUUUUCCCUCUCGGCCCCGAAUCGGUUUCUCAAAGGGGGAUGAUCACGAAGGGGAUUCCAUCCAAUCCCUUGAUCAAAGGCCACCGUUGUCGUUCUCCGUACGCAAAACAUCUUCCCCGCGCUCAUAUUAGCUGGGGCACCCUAAUUAUCAUAUUUUGUUAUUUUAAGUCAUCGCGAGGAAUUUCCUACGAGAACCGCCACGUGUGGCCGUACCUUACCGAGUUCCAACACUCCUCCAUCUUGGUGCCGCACACCGCUCCAUGUUGAGGUGGUAUUUUGAAGAGGAAGUCCAGAAAUCAAGACAGCAAGAAUUCGUCGAAUUGUCGCCAAAGCACAGCUGUGACGAACCCGUCAACGGCUUCAUUAUCGACUCGUACUGAAAGUAACACCGCGCCUGCCAGUUUUAUCACGUAACUCCGGUGGCUGUCACCGCUUCCUUCAUGGGCGAAGACGUUGGAGCCGCGACCGGAGACCCUGGCGUUGGCGACAGCGGCGGACUCGGGGUGGAUGAUGCCAGUGUGACGAGGGACUGUGGGGACUACAAGGAACGGAGGCGACACUCCCGUGCAGCUGCUGCCGAGGCCAAAGUCAUGAACGACGACAAUUAUGAUGACCAAUACGACGGCUCAGAUGCCUGCUCGGAUUUCAGCUCCGUCUCCGUCGACGAGCUGCCGCCUAUCCGCGCCUACGGUCACACCUACCACGGCUCAGGUCUCCUGCUUAUGCCCAACGACGAAUCGGAGCGUGCCCGCCUGGAGAUCCAGCACCAGCUGUUCAAGCUAUGCCUUGAGGGCGCUCUGACUGCGACGAAGCUGCCGACGGACAGAGCCUUCAACGUCCUCGACAUCGGCUCCGGCACCGGUAACUGGGCCGUGGAGAUGGGCGAGCAGUACCCCCUGGCCAACAUUAUGGGUGUCGACAUCUCCGCCGCGCUACUGCCCACGACGGUCCCGCCCAAUGUCGUCUUCGAGGUUGAAGACGCCAACGACGACUGGGCGCGCGAGAAGAACAGCCUCGAUUUUGUCCACAUGCGGAACCUCGUCGGUGGCGGCAUACCGGACUGGCGGGCACUCUUCCAGCAGGCGUACGAGCACCUCAAGCCCGGCGGUCAGAUCGAGUUCUCCGAGGUGCGGACGAGGUACUUUGACCUCGUCGAUAGCAGUGGCGACGAGCCCACCGCGCCGACCGAGGAAGAAAAAGACCACGGCUCCAUGACGGCAUGUCGCGAGUUCGAGAUCGGGUUUGCACAGAUGGCGGCCAUCGCGGGUGUCGACUUUGAUCCCAUACCCAAAAUUCCUGCCAUCCUGUCCAGUGUUGGGUUCGAGAGGGUGGGACGCUGGUCGGAUCUGGUGCCUAUACAGGCCGUGGGCCACGACGAGAAGAUGGUCAGGAAAGGGGCCCAGUUUGCCCAGAUGCUCGAAUAUGGGUUGGAGAAUUACUCGCUGGCCGUGUUCAUCAAGGGGGGGUGGGAUGAGAAGGAGACUCGGAAUCUCCUACAGAGAGUCCAUAAAGAAUCGCGAGAUACGGCAAAUGAGGCAUACGGCAAAGUAUCUUUUGUAACGGCCAGGAAACCAAUGCAAUGAGGUGAUGUUGAAAUGACCCGCGCUCUCUCUACACACAUAGACAUAUAUCCUCAACGGCAAGAAUCAUACAAUAAGAAUAAUGACCUCCCUAUCGUCCUUCUCUGCUUCCAACUGGCAUCCGUUCUCCAAAUCAGACUCUAUGAGAUCUCAUCUUCCUGUCACAACUCUUGCCUCGUAUCUUGAUGCCUGGCCCAACUACCUGACUUGGUGGGAUGCUACCAACCCCCCGCGGUCAGUCGGUCGGUUAUUGACCGAUGCUUUGUUCAAGUCGGGCUCAGGCGGCCCGAAUGUCACUCGGGCUUGCGCCAGUGUAAACCAUUGGAUUCCUAAGCACCUCGAACCUCUGCAACCCUCAACUCUCUCUGCUCUCCCAUGGGCCGAGCCCCCAUUCUCCGCAUUACAGCUAUGCUAGAUACAGAACAAGGCGAUCGGUUAGACUCGAACUAUCAUGAACCGAGCGUAAAAUCCCGCCGCAGAAACCCCCGAGGAGCCUUGAUCCCUGGAAUGUUUCACUCCCCGUCUGCCGUUGCAUGUUGGUUGUAAGGACAACCCGCCUUGGUCGAGCAUCGGGGUAAACCGGGGCUUGCGCUCUCUCAGCUUGCCCCAUUGACAACUGCAUUGAGUUUCUUUUUCGCCAGAACCACAUUUUGUUAGACCGUGGCCACUGACCGAGGUAGCAUUC